AUGGAGUUCUGUAUUCUAAAUGAUCAACUUCUGCAAGCGACACAAAGAUGUUUCAUUGGUGAUUUAAAGAGACUAGCACGAAGAAUUGUUCUAGAGUCGAAAAUUAAUGGACAUGAAAAAGUGCAGGAAGAUGAUAUACGACAAGGGCUGAAAGAUUUUCCAUCAAUUAUAGCUCCAUUUCAAGAGUCAAAAUCACUGAAGCAAACUCAGUUAAAAUGGGAGGAUAUCGGGGGAUUAACGGCCGUAAAACAACUUCUCAUUGAGAUUUUUAUUUGGCCUGUAAAAUAUUCUCUGCUGUACCAAAAUAAUUCUAUUCGUCUUGGUCAUGGAGUAUUGUUGCAUGGGCCAAGCGGUUGUGGGAAAACGCUUAUUUGUAAAACUUUAGCCGACCAGUGUAACUUAAAUGUUAUCUCCGUUAAGGCUUGUUAUUCCUCUGGGCCAGAGCUAUUGUCGAAAUUUGUUGGUGAAAGUGAAGAAAAUGUGAGAAAAAUUUUCAGACAUAGUCUUAGUAAUGAUAAUUCAUCGUGCUUUUUGAGGGCUCGUGCAAGUAGUCCCUGUUUAAUAUUCUUUGAUGAGUUCGAUUCACUUGGAGCAAAACGUGGAGAAAGCAAUGCGGGAGUAUCAGAUCGAAUGGUAAAUCAGUUAUUGACAGAAUUGGAUGGCGUUGAAGGGCGCAGUGAUGUAUAUAUUAUUGCGGCUACAAAUCGAAUUGAUUUAAUUGACAAUGCUUUAUUACGACCAGGACGUUUUGACUAUAUAGUUGAAUGUGAACUACCCAAUAAAAUGGAACGAAUAUCAAUAAUAGAAGUUUUAACUCGUAGUAUAAGAUUGCAACAAGAUGUGGAUGUAGAAGCAAUAGCAGAAAUGACCGAGGGCUGGACAGGUGCUGACUUGAAAGGUCUAAUCACAAAUGCACUGUUGAUUUCUCGCAAACGAUCAAACAAAAAAUUUGGUAAUGAAAAUGCGGUAUUUGUUGUUAAUCAAGAUGAUCUAUUAUUUGCUGUGAAGGAGUCGCAACCGAGACGAACCAUCAGUUGCUGUUCUGAAUUUGAAACGAGACGUUGUAUUUCACCCGGGUCAUUUGCUACUUUUGCUUAG